GACUCUCGGGCUCGGGGUCCCGGAGGUGGCCAUUCGCCUCCCAAGAACUCGGCGCCGCCUUUGCGGUCGCGCGUGCAGAACCAGGUCCUCCCGGCCCCGCAGAUUCUCUCGGGCGGGCGGCGCCACGACCCGCGGAGAGCGCGGCUCCCAGGAGCCCCCGCGCGCUUGGCCCUCGGCGGCCGCCGUCGCGCGUCACGUGGUCGCCGCCGCGCGUCAUGUGGUUGCCGUCGUGCGUCACGUGGCUGCCAUAGCCUGUCACGUGGCCGCCGGCGCGGGUCACGAGAACAAACACGGGGGCAGCCGGCACUUCCCGGCCGGUGUCGCUCGGCGGCGGGCCAUGGCCAACGUCUCUAAGAAGGUGUCGUGGUCCGGCCGGGACCGGGACGACGAGGAGGCGGCGCCGUUGCUGCGGAGGACGGCGCGGCCCGGCGUGGGGACGCCGCUGCUGAACGGGACCGGGCCUGGGGCCGCGCGCCAGUCACCACGUUCUGCGCUUUUCCGAAUUGGACAGAUGAGCAACGUGGAGCUGGAUGAUGAGCUUCUGGACCCGGAUAUGGACCCUCCGCAUCCCUUCCCCAAGGAGAUCCCGCACAACGAGAAGCUCCUGUCCCUCAAGUAUGAGAGCCUGGACUACGACAACAGUGAGAACCAGCUGUUCCUGGAGGAGGAGCGGCGGAUCAACCACGCGGCCUUCCGGACGGUGGAGAUCAAGCGCUGGGUCAUCUGCGCCCUCAUCGGGAUCCUCACGGGCCUUGUGGCCUGCUUCAUCGACAUCGUGGUGGAGAACCUGGCCGGCCUGAAGUACAGGGUCAUCAAGGGCAAUAUUGAUAAGUUCACGGAGAAGGGCGGGCUGUCCUUCUCCCUGUUGCUGUGGGCCACGCUGAAUGCCGCCUUCGUGCUCGUGGGCUCCGUUAUCGUGGCCUUCAUAGAGCCAGUGGCAGCCGGCAGUGGAAUCCCACAGAUCAAGUGCUUCCUCAACGGGGUGAAGAUCCCCCACGUGGUGCGGCUCAAGACGCUAGUGAUCAAAGUGUCCGGUGUGAUCCUGUCCGUGGUCGGGGGCCUGGCGGUGGGAAAGGAAGGGCCGAUGAUCCACUCAGGCUCAGUGAUUGCUGCUGGGAUCUCUCAAGGAAGGUCAACAUCACUCAAGAGAGAUUUCAAGAUCUUCGAGUACUUCCGCAGAGACACAGAGAAGCGGGACUUCGUUUCCGCAGGGGCCGCAGCCGGAGUGUCAGCGGCGUUUGGAGCCCCCGUGGGUGGGGUCCUGUUCAGCCUGGAGGAGGGCGCGUCAUUCUGGAACCAGUUCCUGACAUGGAGAAUCUUCUUUGCUUCCAUGAUCUCCACGUUCACCCUGAAUUUUGUUCUGAGCAUUUACCACGGGAACAUGUGGGACCUGUCCAGCCCGGGCCUCAUCAACUUCGGAAGAUUUGACUCGGAGAAAAUGGCCUACACCAUCCACGAGAUCCCUGUCUUCAUCGCCAUGGGCGUGGUAGGCGGUGUGCUCGGAGCUGUGUUCAACGCCUUGAACUACUGGCUGACCAUGUUUCGAAUCAGGUACAUCCACCGGCCCUGCCUGCAGGUGAUCGAGGCCAUGCUGGUGGCCGCCGUCACGGCCACGGUCGCCUUUGUGCUGAUUUACUCGUCUCGGGAUUGCCAGCCCCUGCAGGGGAGCUCCAUGUCCUACCCGCUGCAGCUCUUCUGUGCAGAUGGCGAGUACAACUCCAUGGCUGCGGCCUUCUUCAACACCCCGGAGAAGAGCGUGGUGAGCCUCUUCCACGACCCGCCAGGCUCCUACAACCCCCUGACCCUCGGCCUGUUCACACUGGUCUACUUCUUCCUGGCCUGCUGGACCUAUGGGCUCACAGUGUCUGCUGGGGUCUUCAUCCCAUCCCUGCUCAUCGGGGCCGCCUGGGGCCGGCUCUUUGGCAUCUCCCUGUCGUACCUCACGGGGGCAGCGAUCUGGGCAGACCCCGGGAAAUACGCCCUGAUGGGAGCUGCUGCUCAGCUGGGUGGGAUCGUGCGGAUGACCCUGAGCCUGACGGUCAUCAUGAUGGAGGCCACCAGCAACGUGACCUACGGCUUCCCCAUCAUGCUGGUGCUCAUGACUGCCAAGAUCGUGGGUGACGUCUUCAUCGAGGGCCUGUACGACAUGCACAUUCAGCUGCAGAGCGUGCCCUUCCUGCACUGGGAGGCCCCGGUCACCUCGCACUCACUCACUGCCAGGGAGGUGAUGAGCACACCGGUGACCUGCCUGAGGCGGCGUGAGAAGGUCGGCGUCAUCGUGGACGUGCUGAGCGACACGGCGUCCAAUCACAAUGGCUUCCCCGUGGUGGAGCAUGCAGAUGACAGCCAGCCGGCUCGGCUCCAGGGCCUGAUCCUGCGCUCGCAGCUCAUCGUCCUCCUCAAGCACAAGGUGUUUGUCGAGCGCUCCAACAUGGGCCUGGUGCAGCGGCGCCUGAGGCUGAAGGACUUCCGCGAUGCCUACCCGCGCUUCCCGCCCAUCCAGUCCAUCCACGUGUCCCAGGACGAGCGGGAGUGCACCAUGGACCUCUCCGAGUUCAUGAACCCCUCCCCCUACACAGUGCCCCAGGAGGCGUCGCUCCCGCGUGUGUUCAAGCUAUUCCGGGCCCUGGGCCUGCGGCACCUGGUGGUAGUGGACAACCGCAAUCAGGUUGUUGGGCUGGUGACCAGGAAGGACCUCGCCAGGUACCGCCUGGGGAAGGGAGGCUUGGAGGAGCUCUCGCUGGCCCAGACGUGAGGCCCAGCCCUGCCCAUGUGGGCACCAGCACUGGCACCCUGGGCCCCUUCGCACCUCCUCCCGGAGUCACUGCUCUCUUGGCCCAUACCACGCUCCCCAGCAGCGGCAAUGGCACACACCCUGCAGUUGGGCCGGGGGCGGCAGGCCUGGGACAGACUCUCGUGGGACUGACCCUGUUGUGGUUUCCACCCUUGGCGCCUCCCUGCGCAGGCCCAGCCGCCACCCUCGUCGCCUAGGUUCCUUCGCCUCCAGGGAUCAGCUGUGUGUGUGUGUGGCCCCCUUCGAGGCACUCGGCCUCGGGAGCCAGCAGCAGGGCAUGAGACAGAGCCCUAAACCCCGCUGCUGUCCCGAGGGCCAUCCUGCUGCAGAAGGGCUCCUCUUGCCUCCACACCAGCGGACUUCCAGAUGUGAGCCG